ACGACGGCAAGGGAAGUAGGACCUGCGAGUCGCACUCGCAUGUUAUUUGUCGGGUCGGUUGGACAAAAAAAAGUGCCGAGAAAACCUGGGAGAGGAGUGAAACCUCCCCAGAUGUGACUGAAAACAGCCCUGAGGUGGAAGCUGUCUCUGUGGUGGGACUCGAGCCAGCAGAAAGACCUUUUUAUCUCUCAGGCGCAUGUCGGACCAAUUUUUAGUCGUUUACUUUGAGAGAGACGAGUUUAGAGAGCUGUGCGACUGUUAUUCUCAGCCAUAGGAAUCAAGACGGAGUGUGGGAGAACGGAUCAACUAUUUCAGUGCAGCUCGAAGGAAAGAAGGGGAACGUUUAGCUUAAAGGGACAUCCUCAACCCUGUGUUCGUGCUACUACUCCUCUCUCAGUUGUAACUCAUGAAUCAGCUUUGUUUCCAGCAGAAUCGUUAGGAUUAUUUGAGAUUAUGUCUCCUCAGAGCUGAGAGGGAGAGAAGAAGUAGUAGACAGUUUUCCUUCACAUGCUUAUAGUGGCAGCCGGCCUCUUUGCUCAAAUGGAGAAUUCUUGCAGUAAAAGAAAGAAUCACAGAGGCCAUCAUUACCUUAGCAUCACCUGAGAGGUAGACUAGCACAGCUUAGGUCAGCCCCCCCCCACAAAAACACCCCGCCCUUCACUUCGACGUUUUCCCCCAAGUGAGCUGCCAUGGCAUCAGUCCGCUUCACGGUGACGCCCACCAAGGCGGAGGACCUCCCGGGGCUGUCCGACACGUCGCCUGACAUCAGCUCGCGCUCGGGUGCCCGCGUGCAGUUCGGCUCCAGGGAGAGCGUCAAUCGAAGUGACCCGCUCAGCGAGGCAACGGGAGGAGGCGGAGGAGACGGGGCCGACACGCCUGAACACAGCAGCAUAGAGCAAGGUGAUGGAAACUCCAAAAUCUCCAGCGUGUACAUCAACAACACCCACGGGAUGGACGAUGACGACUUCUACGACCGAAACUUGGCCUUAUUCGAGGAGGAGAUGGACACUCGGCCAAAGGUGUCCUCUCUGCUCAAUCGCCUGGCGAACUACACCAACCUGACACAGGGGGCGAAGGAACACGAGGAGGCCGAGAGCAUCGGGGAGAAGAAGAAAGCAGGAAAGUCCCCUCAGAUGGGUACGUUCAUGGGCGUCUACCUGCCGUGCCUCCAGAACAUCUUCGGCGUCAUCCUGUUCCUGAGGUUGACCUGGGUGGUGGGGACAGCUGGGGUGCUUCAGGCUCUCUGUAUCGUCUUCAUUUGCUGCUGCUGUACCAUGCUGACUGCAAUAUCUAUGAGUGCCAUCGCUACGAACGGAGUCGUACCAGCGGGCGGCGCCUACUUCAUGAUCAGCCGCUCUCUGGGGCCGGAGUUUGGGGGGGCGGUGGGCCUGUGCUUCUACUUGGGCACCACCUUUGCUGGAGCCAUGUACAUCCUGGGAGCCAUCGAGAUCCUCCUGAUGUACAUCGCACCCAAGGCGGCCAUUUUUGAGGCCAAGCACCCCGAAGGCGAAGGGGCAGCCAUGUUGAACAACAUGCGCGUCUACGGCUCCAUCUGCCUCCUCCUCAUGUCCCUGCUGGUCUUUGUGGGCGUGAAGUACGUCAACAAACUGGCCUCCAUCUUCCUCGCCUGCGUCAUCGUCUCCAUUGUUUCCAUCUACAUCGGAGCGCUGGUCUCCGCCUUCAAACCACCAAGUUUCCCUGUGUGCAUGCUGGGGAACAGAACGAUCAGUGGCCAUGAAAUCAUCGAUGACCAAUGUGCAAAGACCAUCCUCCCGCUGAUCGACAACCAAGCAGAAAGACCCGACACCAACUACACAUUUAUUAACGAAUCCAGCACUAUAGGCCCGACCUUUGACCCCAGCAUGGCUCCCCCUCCUAUGGAGAAGACCACGUAUCUUUGGAGGCAGUUCUGCGAAGGCCCAGAACUGAACGCCUCCUGUGACAAAUACUUCACAUCCAACAACUUUACCGAGAUUGAAGCGAUUCCAGGACUGGCCAGUGGGAUCAUUUCAGAGAACGUGUGGAGCUCCUACCUCAGCAGAGGAGACGUGGUGGAGAAAGGCUCUGUGGACUCGUCUCUCGAUGCACACCCGGCUUCCACCCAUCAGCCUUACGUGUUCGCUGACAUCACCACCUCCUUUACGCUGCUUGUGGGCAUCUUCUUCCCCUCAGUCACAGGAAUCAUGGCCGGAUCAAACCGGUCGGGGGAUCUGAAAGAUGCUCAGCGCUCCAUCCCGAUUGGAACCAUCCUCGCCAUCCUCACCACCUCCCUUGUCUACCUGACUAGUGUUGUUCUGUUCGCCGCCUGCAUCGACGGAGUGGUCCUCAGAGACAAGUUUGGGGACUCGGUGAAGGGGAAUCUGGUGGUGGGGACUCUGGCCUGGCCGUCUCCGUGGGUCAUCGUGAUCGGGUCUUUCUUCUCAACGUGCGGUGCCGGGCUGCAGUCGCUGACCGGCGCCCCCCGACUCCUGCAGGCCAUCGCUAAAGACAACAUCAUCCCCUUCCUCCGGGUGUUUGGUCAUGGCAAAGCUAACGGAGAGCCAACCUGGGCCCUGCUGCUGACCGCCCUGAUUGCUGAGCUGGGGAUCCUCAUCGCCUCUUUAGACCUGGUGGCUCCAAUACUAACAAUGUUCUUCUUGAUGUGUUACCUGUUCGUGAACCUUGCUUGUGGCCUCCAGACUCUCCUGAGGACGCCCAACUGGAGGCCACGCUUUUCCUAUUACCACUGGACUCUGUCGUUUUUGGGAAUGACGAUCUGCCUUGCGCUCAUGUUCAUAUCCUCCUGGUACUACGCAAUCGUCGCCAUGGUUAUCGCAACCAUGAUCUACAAGUACAUUGAGUACCACGGAGCGGAGAAGGAGUGGGGGGACGGGAUCAGGGGUCUGUCGCUCAGUGCGGCUCGCUAUGCCCUCCUGAGGCUGGAGGAGGGACCGCCACACACCAAAAACUGGAGGCCUCAGGUCCUGGUCUUACUGAAACUAGACGAGGACGCCCACGUCAAGUCACCUCGCCUGCUCACCUUCGCCAGCCAGCUGAAGGCGGGAAAGGGUCUGACAAUCGUCGGCACAGUCGUCCCCGGGAACUUCCUACAAAGCUACGGAGAGGCUCUCGCUGCUGAACAGACUCUGAAGCUCCUCAUGGAGAAGGAGAGAGUGAAAGGUUUCUGUCAGUGCAUAGUCGCCCAGAAGCCGCGGGACGGGAUCAGUCACAUGAUCCAGUCCAGUGGGCUCGGGGGGAUGAAACCCAACACUGUGGUGAUGGGCUGGCCGCAGGCGUGGAGGCAGAGCGAGGAUCCUCAGUCCUGGAAGACCUUCAUCAACACAGUGCGGGUCACGACAGCAGCCCACCUGGCCCUGCUGGUUCCCAAAAACAUCUCCCUGUUCCCCACCAACAGCGAGCCCAGCACGGAUGGCUACAUCGACGUGUGGUGGAUCGUUCAUGAUGGGGGGAUGCUCAUGCUGCUGCCUUUCCUGCUGCGCCAACACAAAGUGUGGCGUAAGUGUGGGAUGCGGAUCUUCACGGUGGCUCAGAUGGAGGAUAACUCAAUCCAGAUGAAGAAGGAUCUGGCAACCUUCCUCUAUCACCUCCGCAUCGAGGCUGAGGUGGAAGUAGUGGAGAUGCAUAACAGCGACAUCAGUGCGUACACCUAUGAAAGAACCCUGAUGAUGGAGCAGAGGUCCCAGAUGCUCCGACAGAUGAGACUGUCGAAAUCCGACCGAGAGAAAGAGGGAUAUCCUGGUUUCAACAGCAGUAGGCCAGAGGCAGUAGGAGCUACAAGGUCUCAGGCCCAGCUGGUGAAAGACCGUAACUCCAUGCUGCGGCUAACCAGCAUCGGAUCAGAUGAUGAUGACGACACAGAUGCUGCAGAGCGAGAGAGGCCGGCUAGCAGCAGCGGCGGCAGCAGCUCGGAGCACCAUCGAAGAGUCCAGAUGACCUGGACUAAAGAGAAAGCCUCGCAGUACAGAGCCACGCACUCUGGCUGCUCAACGCCCGAGGGCUUCAGAGACAUGCUCAGCAUGCGGCCAGAUCACUCCAACGUCAGGAGGAUGCACACCGCCGUGAAGCUGAACGAAGUCAUUGUUAAUAAAUCCCAUGAUGCUCGGCUGGUCCUGCUCAACAUGCCGGGGCCCCCCAGGAACACUGAUGGGGACGAGAACUACAUGGAGUUCCUCGAGGUCCUCACAGAAGGUCUGGAGCGCGUCCUGUUGGUCAGAGGCGGAGGAAGUGAGGUCAUCACCAUCUACUCCUGAUUGAACGAACAGAAGGAGCCGGCGUUUAAGAGGAAACCAAUGUGAGCAGGAGACAGUGAGGGGUCCUGUGAGCUCUGGGAGGAGAGGGGAGAGAGAGGGGGGGACAAACAAAAGAAAAGACUGUUAGCAUCAGCUGUCGCCUCCACCCGUCGCCUCCACCCAUCCUUCAACCCUUUUUCUUUUCAUCUCCACGGUACUGUCAGGAGAAGGGUUUCCAUUCCACCUACACCAACACAGAAACGCCAACACAAUUCCAGGAACGAGCAACAGAAUGAGUGAUCAGCUGAGUGUGUGUGUGUGUGUGAGAGUGUGUGUGUGUGUGUGUCUCUUUAAGUCACCUGUAGAGGUUCGGUGCGUUGGAGAGGGGACCAGUGUUGCGUUUGGUGUGAGUGAAGCAUCCCACCGUCGAGACUCAGGGCUGCUUUUUGUGCAGAAUGUAUUUCUGGGAGCAGAAGCGAGUGUGAGCGGAGGAUGAGUGUGUUCAUGCAGUGUGUGUGUGUGUGUGUGUGUGUGUGUUGUCUUUUUCUCCAUGAAGAUACGAUAAUCACAAAGCUACAUCAAACUGGAAAAGUGACAGUGGAAGAUAUAUAACCUCUUUUUAUUUUUUAUCACUUUUAACGAGACAUUUUUUAUCAUUUAGCUUCAUAUCAGUGAAAUGUUUCCUUUUUUUACCUCAGAGUUUUUUAACUGUGAAACACAGAAUGUUUUUCUUUCUUCACUCAUUUAUGUUUUUCUAAUCUUGCUGCUGUUCCAGCGAUCCUCUCGUCCUGUAUGGAGGCCCAUUUUUGCCAAGAAAAGUUAAAAAAGGUACAUAAAAAGAAGCUUCACUUUACUGCCUAGCCUCCAUGAUGUCUUAUUGUCUCAAUCAUUGACUGUGUAUAAGUAUGGACGACAUGCCUGUAUCUCCUGCCAUUGAAUAAAAUGAAGCCAAAAUACAGCCGUGACGGGCGCUGACAUGUGCAGGUGAUGCAUUUUGGAACCAAGCCAUGCACAGAAUCGACGCUCUGCUAACGUAAAACUUCACGAAAACUUAACAUUCCUUCCCUUCUAUAAAAAGCAUCAUGACGUCUCAUUCCUUCUUUUACAUCAAAUAACUGAAAUUCUCGUACAUGUGCACAUAAACAAUCAUGUUAAUU